GAGGGUCUUGCUGUGAAAACAACUAGUUUCUGUCUUGGAUAUCUUGUGGUUUAAAGAGAUGUGACAAUCAGGAGGUGGGAGAAGUACAGAGAAGAGAGCUGAGCGCUCUCCAUUGGAACAGUACCGUUGCCAUGGACGGAGCAUCGUGUCUACUAAAGCAGAGAUUGGCAUAGUUUAAGGAAUACGUGAGAAGAGUUAUGUCCGGAUGCUAGUGCACUACUUGUUAAUGCAGCCUAAGGAGAAAGAGCCUCAUCCGAAAGCACCUUUUUUGCCUUCUGAGAGUUGGCCAGCACGUCCUAGAUUGCAGGAUUGGCAAAGAAAAAUCUUGUCUCAGGAGCCUUUUGAGUAAGGUGCCUUGAUGUCCUCUGUGUUAGCUGAAUGCAUCCCUGCCAGGCUUGGCCAUGCAAGAGCACUCCUGCCUCCUGGUAAAGUAUAUCGCAUUGGAUCUGAGGAUGAUAUAGGAAAACAUCCUUCUGUACUACAGGCUCCUGGGAACAGAAGCCUCCCUGCAAGGCCAGCUUUGAAGAUGUGGACCGCCAUUGUGUUCCUCCUGCUGAUUUCCUUCUGUGCGUGUGAGAACAGAGUUUCUGUCCUGAAAGAGAGAGGAGCCCACAUAGUGCGAAUAAACAGGCUGACAACAGAAAAGCAAUGCAGGCAAGCGUGUAAAGGCCCAGCUGCUUCAGGUAAAUGGCACUGCAAUUGGUCCGUGCCCUACAAGAAUCGCUGUAUCUUCCUGCAGUGUCGCCAGCUAGGUGUGUGUCAGGAUGCCAGAGAACAAGACAUCAAAGAUCUGCUUGGAGAAAUUGUCCUUAGGAAGAGGAGAACAGACCUGUUUCACCACCAAAGGUAUCCAGAGCAGAUGGAGAAGAUGGUGAAUGCAAUGACUGAACAACAAAACACAGAAAACCUGCUUUCCUCAACCGCUUGGACUCACAAGAUUCACUCAAGGCGGUUGCUUGGGGUUGUAAAUGAUACUGAAACAACACACCCAGGGAAAACUGCAACCAAUGCUGCCACCACCCCAGUGACUACCAGCACUGCUGCAGCUGCAACCACAAAUGGUAUAAAUACAACUGUCUUCGCUGCAGCUUCUGAAACAGGUGUCAAAGCUUCAAAUGCCUCUGAAGGUACUGGUGAUGUCCUUACUAAAGCCAUGUCUUCCACUGCCUCUUCUCCCACUUCUGAUAACGUCACUGCUUCUGUAUCCAAUAACGUCACCAAGCCUAUGACCACCACCGAAAAAUCAGGAAAUAGUAGCUCUGGUCCAAUAUCAGAAUCCCCUUCUCCUCCCCUUGCUGUCACUUCCGAAGCAGGCACUCUGCCUCCAUCAGAGCAGUUUAACAAAGCUGCCCGCACUUCCCCUUCUAGUACUGUCACCACUGUUGGAGUUGUCCCAAAGAUACCAAGCACAAACACAGCAACAACCACCCUAAUCCCUCCUGAUGCCCGAACAUCAUCAUCUGCUGCUGCUCGCACUGCUGCACUCACUACUUCGGUGAGAUCACAUUCCAGUAAUCCAAUACCUGAUGUUACAUCACUAAAUCCAGAGCCAGAAGAAAGUACAGCCACAACAACCUUGAGUAAAUUGGCUACAAGUGCGGUGGUUUCAACAACUGCACCUACAACACAAGCUACAACUGGGCAUGAGAUAAAGUCAAUGUCUCACAUUCCCUCGACUAAGCGUAUGACCACAGUUCCAGCAAAUGCCCCUGGAACAACAGUUUCAGGCCUUGCAGGAACUCAGGACACAGACCACGGGUAUCUUCUCAUUGCUGCUGAGCCUCUGACUCAGUACUUGGUAGACAAAAGUUCGCUUCUCGCAGUGCUUUUAUUUGGUACGAUUUUUUUCAUAACUGUUAUAGUUCUCUUCCUUACGCAGGCCUACGAGAGCUACAAAAAGAAGGAUUACACGCAAGUGGAUUACUUGAUCAAUGGAAUGUAUGUGGACUCAGAGAUGUGAAAGGUUGGGGCUAAAACUUGGGGCAGAGAGAUGGAAAGGAGAUUGAAAGCCUGUCUGACUUGGUUUUCUUUCCCAUUUGCCUAUAAGACAAACUGAAAGUGCUUCCAAAUUUACUUCUGGUGCAAUUUAGGAGAAAUGCCAUGUACUGUAUUAAGAACAAAAAGUAUAUAUAUAUAUUUUUUAUUCAACUUUGCAACAGAUUGCGGUAGGAAAGUAGUCAUUUUUAAAACUUUUCCAUAAUGCGGAAUAGCUUUGGCCAUUAUUUUUCACUGCAAAAAUGAUCCUAACAUGAGGUGAGCUGUCAUCCUCUAGGAAUGAUGUGGCGCUUUUUCAACUGUUUACACUGUAAGUUCUUUGUGUUUUGUUGGUAUCAUGUGUGCUCCUCUCUGUAAAACGGAACAGAGGGAGCUCGCACCUUUUGUGAAGUGCUUUGAACUCACCAGAUGUGUGAAGUAUUGCUACAACAGGGAACUUUUAAUCCAGUGUGCACCAUGUUUUGAUAUGCUUCCUGCUUGUAAAGAGUUCUGUUUACAAGGUGCUGUAAACACUCUGUUUACUGCUAACCCAAGGUGGCUUUUCACUGUGGAGCGGAUUAUUGUGCCUCUGCACUCACGUGAUCUUAUUUUUGUAUUCACUCAAUAAAUGCAGCCCUGGAAGGGCAUGUCUUGUUGCAA